AUGCAAGCCGCUUUAGACGCUGUUAGAUCAAAUACUCUGUCUAUUAGAAAAACCAGUCAACGCUUUAACAUCCCAAAGACUUGUUUGCUUCGACGUUUGCAUAACGUUGUCGAACACCCGGAGCCUAGAAACGACACUUACAAACAAGUUUUUACAGCUGAACAGGAAAAGGUGUUGCUUAACCACAUACUGGAUUUAGAAAGUCGAUUUUAUGGCAUAACAGCCACAGAGUGUCGGAAACUCGCGUUUGAUUUGGCUGAAAGUUUGAAUAUAAAACACCCUUUCAAUAAAGAUGUCAAACUUGCCGGGUACGAUUGGUUUACAGGAUUUAGGAAGAGAAAUCCUCAAUUUUCAAUUCGUGCCCCUGAGCCUACUAGUGUAGCUAGAGCUGUUGGGUUCAACAGACCGCAAGUAGAGAGAUUUUUCAGUCUUAUUGACUCCACACUAAGAAAACAUAAUCUUCAGGCCCAUCAAAUCUUUAACAUCGAUGAGUGCGGUUUUAACACUGUUCCUGUUCCAAGAAAAAUAUUAGCACAGAAGGGCAAAAAACAAGUUGGCCGCAUCGUAAGCGCUGAAAGAGGAUUCAACACUACGGCUGUUUGUGGAAUAUCUGCGUCUGGAUUUUACAUCCCUCCAUUUUUCCUUUUUGCAAGGCAAAGAAUGAAUCCUUUGUUAAUGAAAGGAUGUUCUGCUGGAUCACAGGGAUACGCAAACAGUUCGGGGUGGAUGGAUGGUGACCAUUUCCUGAAGUUUUUGGAUCAUUUCAUAAACGUUGUUAAACCAAGCGAAGAUCGAAAAAUCCUUCUUGUGUUAGAUAAUCAUGGCAGCCAUUGGACACUAGAAGCGAUCACUAAAGCCAAAGCGAAUCACAUAAUUCUAAUAUCUCUUCCUCCACACACGAGCCAUAGGUUGCAGCCUCUUGAUUGCUGCAUAUACGGCCCUCUUAAGGCCCAAUAUGCGAGAGAAUGCGACGUCUGGAUGACAAAUCACCCUGGGCAGCGCCUCUCCAUCUAUGAGGUAGUGGAAAUAUUUUCUACUGCGUUUGCACGUAUCGCUAGCGUAGAGAAAGCAGUUAAAGGUUUUUCUGUUACCGGUAUAUGGCCUUUUAAUCCUACUGUAUUUAACGACCAGGAUUUUCUUCCGUCCGAAAUGACUCAUGUAGAGGAAAUGGUAGAUGAUUUACAACCGCAAGAGAAAGAAAACCAAAAUAAAGUAACCGAACAACCGAUCCACGAUCGUGAAGAUCGUGUUGAUGAAACUCAGUCUUUUGCAGAAUGUAUUGAACUCCUUUCUCCUAAACCGUCUACAUCAAAGAAACGACAAGCAUCGAAAAGAAAAACGCAACGCUCCGAAGAAUUAACAAGCACACCAUUUAAAGAUGAGCUAGAAAAGAUCAUCGCUGCGAAGGAGAACCCAAAGACCAAGGUGAAGCGAAAAUUAUCAGAUGAAUCUCAUGCUACUCAAAAAAAAGGAAAGGGAAAGCAGCAAAUGAAAAACACAAAAAAACGCCAGGUUUCGUCCGAAAGUGAAGAUGAUCAACAGAAUACUGAGUGUUUGUAUUGUAACAGCUCUUUCUUGCAAUCCAAAUCGGGCGAAGGGUGGAUUCAGUGUUUGCUGUGCAAGCAAUGGGCACACGAUGCUUGUGCAGGCGUUGAGGAUGAUGAGGAUGUUUUUCAAUGCAAUCUCUGUAUUAAUAAAUAA